UUCAGCCAUUUUGUUAGAGGUGUUGACGUUUAACCGUAGAGUUCGGCGAAGUAGUUGAUAUGGGCUCCAGUAUAAUCCAAAUAUCAACUGGAACUUGGUUUAUUUAAGGUAUUCGGUAUUUACUACUGUUAAGCAGCUUUUGUACGCGAUUUUCUACAAAACAUCCUAUUCUGAACGUUAGAACUAUUACUUUUCUCAUAUUUGCGUAGAAUUUUCGGACGAGCUAACAGUAGCUAAUUCGUUAGCUCUGGCAAAAUGGCUGCGAACGCGGCACAGCAAGCCCCGACAACGAAUUGGCCGUAUGGUAGUAAUUCAGGUGGAGAGGGCCCAGUCCAUGAAAACCCAGAAUGGGAAAAAGCCAGACAGGCUCUAGCUUCCAUCAGUAAAAGUCAGAACUCAACCAAGACUUCACCAACCAAUCGCACCGCCCAACAGGCUGAACAGUACCAGACGACAGUUACAGACUCCUCUGCAAUGCAACAACAGCAGCAACAGUACUAUCAGCAGUGGUAUCAACAGAACCAGCAGCAGUAUGCUGGUUACCCAUAUCCCUAUAACUACUACUACCCCAUGCCUCCGUAUGGAGGAUCAUAUCCUCCAGGACAGUAUGGUGUUCCAGGGGGCUACCAGACACCCACUACACCCACUGGACAGACCCCUUCCAUGCCUAUGGUGGAUGAUCAAUCCUCCAGCUAUCCCUCCCAGCCCCCUCCUCCUGCAACCCCUCAACCUCCCCCUCAGAGUCCUACAUCCUCUGACCAGCCCCCCCCCUCCUCCACCCCCAUACCUCCCCCACCCAAUGCCCAGUAUCCUCCUCCACCAUCCCAGACCCCCUACAGCCCUAAUGGUACCAUGCCAUACAGCCCUACGGAUUCCAACCCCAUGAUGCGGGGCUACAAUCCUGGGCAGAUUCGGCCAGGGUACCAGGGUUACCAAGCUCCCCCAUAUCAGCCCCCUCAGCAGCAGGCUCCAGGACAGGGCCCAUAUGGAGGCGCAGGCAUGGUGGAUUGUAAGAAACCUAACACUGGCAAUAUGAACAAAGGUGGACAGCAGCUGUGGCAGCGCAUGAAACAGGCUCCUGGAACAGGUGCUGUCAAAUUUAACAUACAAAAGCGCCCAUAUGUCAUGGCCAGUCAGAACUUCCCUUCAGCUGAACAAGCCCCUGGAUUGGGAUCCCCCAAUGCGACAAACCCAUUGCCUGGGUCUGUUGUUGCAACAUCUACAACUUCAGCCGGAAGUUCCCAAACUCGGCCUCAGGACUGGCCACAGGCCAUGAAAGAGUAUGUACAGCGUUGCUUCACAGCCUGUGAAUCUGAAGAGGAUAAGGAUCGUACAGAAAAAGUACUGAAAGACCUUCUGCAGUCCAGACUACAGGAUGGCUCUGCUUACACCAUUGACUGGACCAGAGAACCUCUGCCAGACCUGAAGCAAAAGCAGUCUCGCUGGGAGGUGGUUCCUCAACGCUCUCAGGAGAAUGCUCUUGGGAGAGGUGGAGCCACCCGUGGCAGAGGCGGGGCCAGGCUGGGUAACUACAGAAAUGUCUUUUCUCAGAGAAGCCCCUCCUCCAGCUCAUCCCACUCCUCAUCACGAUCCCCAUCCCCUCACAGCCGACACAGGGACAGGAGUAGACAUCACCGCAGUGAUUCUGGCUCCCAAUCAGAUAGCAGCAUGUCAAGUGAUCCUCGCCUCCCAUUGUCCCGGCGGCAACAAAAGGGUGGCCGAGGCCGUGGGGCAGAAAGAGAGCGAGGUAGAGGAGCUGCAGGAGAGAGAGGCAGAGGAAGAGGCAAAGCAAACAGAGGGCGAAGAAAUAUGGAAGACCUAACGAGCGGUAUUGGUAAAAAGCGGAAAGGUGGUAAUGCAGGCCUUGACUUUCAUGACCCAAAUCGUGAAGCAAAGAAGCAGAGCCGUGCAGCACGCUUCCACACUAAAUUACGCACUGAGCCCUUGGUGUUAAACAUCAAUGUUUUUGAUGUCCCCAACGGCACCCAGGAGGGGCUGAGUUGGGAUGAAUGCCCCAUAGUCGGCACCUGCCAGGACAUCACCAAAAACUACCUGCGCCUCACCUGUGCUCCUGACCCUGCAACCGUCAGACCUGUACCUGUGUUGCGCAAGUCCCUGAUUGCAGUAAAAGCUCAUUGGAAAACCAAUCAGGAUUACUUGUACGCAUGUGAACAAAUGAAGUCAAUACGACAGGAUCUCACUGUUCAAGGUGUGCGUACAGACUUCACCGUGGAGGUCUACGAGACUCAUGCUCGCAUCGCUCUGGAAAAGGGCGACCACGAGGAGUUCAACCAGUGCCAGACCCAGCUGAAGGCCCUUUAUAAAGACUGCCCAUCAGACAACGUUGGAGAAUUCACUGCCUACAGAAUUAUCUACUACAUCUUUACUAAAAACUCUGGAGACCUGACCACCGAGCUUGUGUACCUGACCCCUGAACUUCGUGCUGAUCCAUGUGUAGCUCAUGCUCUUGAGCUCCGUACUGCCUGGGCUCUUGGAAACUUCUACCGGUUCUUCAAACUCUAUCAGAAAGCUCCACGUAUGGCUGCUUACCUUAUUGACAAGUUUGCAGAGCGUGAAAGAAAUCUAGCGCUGAGGGCCAUUCUUAAAACGUUCAGGCCCUCUGUGCCGGUGGAGUAUGUGCAGUCCAGCUUGGCCUUCCCAGAUUUAGACUCAUGUUUAGCAUUUCUAGCAGGGCUUGGGGUUACAUUCACCCCCUCUGACCCAAGCAAAAUAGACUGUAAAGUCAGCACAUCCUGUCUUACAACCUCGUAGUAUGGGGAAAGGGUUGACCAGACGAUUUACACUUAAAGAGCUUAUAAAGACAGAAUGUAGAUAAGGGACCAGAUAUCUGCAUAAUAGACACAUAUUCAGAGUCUAGAGCUGAUCAUAUAUAUGAGAGAUAUCUCAGAUUUAUUAACUCUUGUAGAGUGAUGGACAUUCUGACAGAUGGACAGUUGACAUCCAUAUACAGGGAUUUAGGUGUCAUUUCAAGACCCAGUAUAGUCUAUUCACACAGCCCAUUUAGUGAAGUAUCAGGCAACCAAGUACUUGCAGAUUAUCCCUUAUCCUAAUAGAAAAAAGGAACACAGGGCAAAGAUCUGAUGGGGUCAGGUCAGCAGGUCAUGUCAGGUCCCACGUCAUAGAGCUCAAAAAGAAUUUUCAAGCUAACAGUGUUGUGUGUUCUCAUGUUUCUCUCCUCUCAAGCAAACAGCCACAAAGCUCAAGACCUGAAAACAUCACAAUUAAUGCUGAAUAUAAUGUGAGCCAGUUUCCACCAACAGCGUACCAGCUCAUCAAGUCUGUGUGAAGGCAAAGGAUUAUUCUUCAAGAUUUUUUUCAUCUUUAAUGGACUUUAAAGCCAAGUGAGCUUCAGUGCAAUCCUUCAAGCAAGAAGAUGGUUUGUAUGCCCUAUCUUUCUCUUUGCCUGAGAUGUCUUCAGUAAGUCAGGUGGAGGUGCCUCACUUCAUCUCUAGGAUCCUUAUGCCCAUAAUAUUUGGACUGAGUUAAAACAAGGUCACCUUCAGAAAUGCAGAUUAGGCCUUAUUUUUGCACCAUCACCAGUUCUGCCCCCCCUUUCCACACAGUCCCACACGACGUUCAACACUCAAGAAGCCGGGCUUCAUUAGUCAUAGAUACCAUCCUAAUCAUUCCUCGACACCCAGGAAGCACAGCUCAGUGACUCAAAAUCUUUCAUUUCCACCUCAGCUGUGAUCUGAAUAGGGCCAACCGUUCUAAAGUCAUCCAGGUCCAUCUAGGGCCACUAAGUUUCAUUCACCACUAAGUUUGACCACAAGCCACUGAAGAUCCAAGUCUCCUCAAGCACCACCCAACAUAGAUGGUCCCUACACCCAACACGCAGUCAGCCUGACCAACUUCAUUCAUUCAGAAGGAAACGCAAGAUCAGUUUUCCCUCAAAGCAAGAUGGCGGUUGUAGCCUGUCUUCUCUCCACUAGCUACCUCAUUCCUGCAAGGGCAUCCACUCUCCUGCUGGGGUUUGGAAACACAUGGGUUUGUAUGGCUCCUUAAGCUUCGGCCACAUCUACUGGUAAUGGCUGGUAAGAAGGACUUGAUGUUUUGAAAAAGCGUGGUGGAUCUUCGUUCAGCUUGGGUUGAGGUGUUACCACGUUGAACGACAUGCUUGGCUUGAUGUCUUUUAACCCUGCUGGCAGGUUGUGAAUUUUUCAUCUCAUUUUGAAACGGGCCUAAUACUGAACCCUGUUGCACCCCUUAUCUGUAAGAUCGACACCAAAAGAUCUGCUCAUUUUACACGAAUAUUACUGUGGUGCAGUAGUAAGUCUCAGAGAUUCAUAUGGCAUCGUGGUCUUAAUCUAGCCAAUUGAAGCAUGAACAUUAUAGUAAAAAAAAUUGUACCAAUUCAAAGUUUUACAAAGUUCAUCUAAUGCUCCUUAAUAUCUAAUGGACUGCUUUAAAUUUGUUUCAUUGGAGUCGUCACCCAAACGCCAUUUUCACUGCAAAUGAGUGAGGAGCUUUUUAGCAUUUUUGCUGUCCAAGUAAUCAGGUUUAUUAAAUGCGAUUAACAUUCUUCGAGCAUGGAUAAGGCUUGGGUCUGAAAUAUGUGUGCUUAAGCAAGAUGUGCUCAGGGCCACUAUGAGCAGAAAGCAUCCCUAAUAUCUCAUCUGUGAAAUAUGUACAUACGUGCUCAUGCAAAUAAUGUGAGAUUUAUUUUUCUCUCAUAGUACUUUGGUUUAUUAGUUUAUUUUUGUUUGUACAAUGGUAAGUGUCAUUUUGAUUUAUUCAGUAAUUUUGCUGGCAGUUUUUAAAGUUUAAAUAUUUUGGGUGGUGAGCAGGUGCACACUGAUACGCAGUUUAGUGCAAAGUGAAAUUUUCACAUUAAAAUUCUUCUAAAAAUGUCAUGCUCCCCUAGACACGAAAUAAAUUACAUGUUAGAAAGUAAGACUUAGAAUCCACACUCAUGUAGGAGGCAGAGAUUCAUGAAUUGACAAUGUAAUGCCAAAUAUAUCCCUUGUUUAUUGUUAAUAUUCCCAAGCAGUUAUUUUUGUUUCCUGUACUUAUUUCUUUGUCAUUUUAACUUAAUUGCCUUCCUUCCUGUUUUGUUAAUCUUCCUCUUUUCCCCAUUCAGCUUUUUUUCUUUUUUCUUUUUUUUUUUUUGCGCAUUCAUACCUGUAAUAAACAUGUUACUUGUUAGACACCAAACUAUCCAACAACAAGGGGAAUAUUUGGUUUAAGAACAGUUUCUAACACAUUACAUAUUGUUUGUCUAGAUUUUUUUUCUUCCAAAGAUAUUAAUCCUUUAAAUUGUAACGUGUCCUAAAGGGAUAGUUCACCCAAAAAUGAAAAUUCUGUUAUUUUCUCACCCUCAAGUUGUUUCAGACCUGUGUUCAGCAGAAGGAAGAAAUUCAUACAGGUUUGGAACAACUUGAGGUUGAGUAAAUGACACAUUUUUCAUUUUUUGGUGAACUAUCCAUUUAACUGAUGUGACUUUGAGGUCAAAUGAGUACUGAAGACUGCAGUAUAUAUAGAAGUUUGGUUAAUGUUUUUCUUUUCUUCUUUUUUUUUUUUUUUUUUUUAAGUUUAUUUUGACUACUUUAGGGCUUCAUUCUGUUUGAAUGUUUGUAUUUGAUUGUACAUUGUAAAUGAAUAAUUUGCUGAUGCUACUGGUUGCCACACUGACUUUGCUCUCCUCUCCUUCUCAACCUUCAACCCCUCCCAUCCCUUGUUCUCCUCUCUCCUGCACUCCUUCAUUACCAGAUCUCUCUCUUCUUGCAGUCAUGCCCAAUCGGAGCAAAGCAAGAGAUGAAAAGAUGAGGGCAAAACUAAUCCAGAGGCACACUGGAAAAUGGCCAUUGAGACAUCCAGACAUCGGCCAAUUGAAUCUUCAAUGUGCCUGUUGUUGUCUGAUGCUUGUCAUUUUGAGAGCUUGGUGAUUUUCAGUUUGCAUUGUUUUUCUUUUUUAUGCCAAUCUCAAUUUCUAUAAAAUGACAAACACCUUGUCAGUCUAAAGAUGAUGUAUGGGUUGUAUUUCAGGAUUGGCUCCAUGUAGUGUUUAGUAGAAUUGCUGCUGUAUGUUCAGGUGUGUCUUUUGUCUAUUCUUAACAUUGUUUAUUUAUUUAUUUUUUUUCCUAACUAUCUUUUGUGUUAACUGAUUUAGUUUUUUUUUUUUUAAAGCAAUUACUGUACUUAACUGCUGUUUUGUUUUUGGACUGAACAGGUUUCUGAUGUUUAACUUGGAGGUUUAAAAUAAGCUGUAGAAUUGCAUACUUGACAUACCUGGACAUACAGAUGGUUAGAGACAUUUUAAACCCCUAUAUAAACUCUAGGUAUCUAAGCAACAGGUUUGAGAAAUCCUUACAGUUAAUGUCCUCAGGUCUUUAAAGUUCACUGCAGUUUCUAAUGAUAAUGGAGAUUGGCUGCCCAUAAUGAAUAUUACUUAAGGAUUGUCCAAAGCAAUGUUAAUCUCAAUUGAUGCCACUGUUUUUUCUUUCAUGAAAUGUAUUUUUAGCCUAUGCUGUUGUAGUCGUGUAAUAUUUUCACAGCAGUAUUACUAACGGUCUUGUCCCUCUCUUCAAAUGUUGCCUGUCCUCUUCUUGCACAUCGAAUUUCUUUAACUUCUUUCCUCUGCAUCAAAUCUUUGCUUUUCUUUUAGUUCAUAUAGUUUGUUGUACUUAGAUUUGCCUCUGUAAGUGUUCUCUUACAUUUUCAACUUUAGCCAUUGACUUUUUGCCUUGUCUCAUCCCUAUUUUUUUUUUCUCCAGCCAUCUGAUUUUUUUUUUUCUGCAUGUUCCCGUCUCUCUCUCCUUUUCUUCUGUAUUGUACUAUAAUGCAGUGUUGCGAUUUGGUUUAUAUUUGGUCAGUGCUUGGCAGUAAGUAUUUUGACAGGACUGUGCUUGUAUCUGUUUCUUCUUUUACAGCUCCAUCUCUCAAAGCCCUAAUGUCUCUGCCCUGAAAGAAAAUACUGCCGUUUGUAGAUGCUGAUCUGUACAUAAUGUACAUACUUUAUCUUGUGAGAAAAAUAAAGCAAAAUAAAGAAUAUGAUGUACAGAUUGUGA